CUCUUUUGACUAAUUACAUAUAGCAAAUAGCAACGGAUGACGCUUUCCGUUAAAGGCGUUAGAAAUAAAAUUUUACCUAGGCCUAUUCAUUACAUACGUUUGGGAAUUAUCAAACUCUUUGAUAUGAAGUAGUGGCUGACGUUCCAGAAUAACAAUGGCAACUGCACGCAUCGCAAUAAACAACAAUUUCAGCAUGCAGAACCCUAUAAGACCAGAGCCACAUCGUAGUCAUGCUCCAGCCCCAAGCAGACAGUACCAGUGUGCUGAGCAUGGUAAAGACAUUCUCAACCAGCUUCAUCAGUUGUGGAAGCAGCGGAUCUUGUGCGAUGGGAACAUCAUUGCCAAUGGUCACCAUUUUGCUGUACAUCGCGCUAUACUUGCUUCCUGCAGCGAGUACUUCAGGUCUAUUUAUCUUGAGAAUGACAACGUCCGUGACGUCCAACUCCACAGUAACAUCACCAAGGACAGUCUGGAGUUGCUCCUGCACUAUGCUUACACCUCUCAGAUAGAACUCACCCUGGAGAAUGUCCGCAAGGUUGUGUCUGGAGCCGUUCAGUUGAAGAUGAAGCGUGUCAUCGACAUCUGCAUCCAGUAUCUGAUGUCUGUCUUGGCCGUUGAGAACUGCAUCGGAAUCCUCCACCUCUCCAGGAAGUUCUGUUUCAAGCAGUUGGAGCAGGAUGUGCAUGAGUUUAUCGUUGAUAACUUCUUGACGGUAGCAGAGAGACCAGAGUUCCAGUCCCUCAAGUAUGAUGAUAUGUGUUUUUUCCUGAAGCAAGACCGCAUGUCCAUUGUCUCUGAGUUUCAGCUCUUUGGAAUUGCAGCUAGGUGGAUAAACCAUGAUAAGCAAACAAGAUUCAGACAUGCAGCUCACCUGAUGAAGCACAUUCGAUUCCCAUUGAUAUCAAGUGAUGACCUGGUGGAACAUGUCCAGUCACAUGACUUCAUGAUGCAAGAUCAGGCAUGCCAUCGAUUCCUGAUAGAAGCCUUAAACUACCACCUGGUGCCUCACCGCCAGCCGGCCAUGCAGACCCCUCGCACCCGCAUCAGGUCGACCAAGGAAGCCAUCGUGACCAUUGGAGGUGAACUGCCGCAUCAUAGAGUGAGUAACCUGGUUAUUGCUAUGGAUGAACUACACAAUGGCUGGAAGGAACUAUCUAGGAUGCCUCUGAAGCGGGUGGAUCACUGUGUGGUGGUCCUCAAUCAUUUUGUUUAUGUCGUCGGUGGGCAGGUGACAUUGAACUCCAAUGGCAAGGAGAGCAUUGGAACUGUUCAUCGGUAUGAUCCUAGGUUCAACAAGUGGCUGCAGAUGUGUCCUAUGCAACAGAGAAGAGCAUUCUUCUACUUGGCUGUGGUUGGAGGCAGCUUGAUAGCUGUGGGAGGUAAGAAUGAACAGGGUGCCCUGGCUUCAGUUGAGAUGUUCAAUCCGACGGAAAAUAGUUGGAAAUACCUGCAUCGCUUGGAUGAACCAACAUAUGCCAUGUCUGGAACCGUCGUAGAUGGCCACCUGUACAUCAGCGGAGGAUUCGCCACCCACAACUUCAGCCGGAUGAGCUACAUGUACAACGGAGAGAUCGACCACUGGAUUCCCAAGUGCAAAAUGAGUGUUGCUAGAGGGUUUCACAUGAGCUGCACUAUCCGUGGAAUGAUGUAUGUUAUGGGUGGGAACCAUUUGAACUCCUAUGGAGAUCGGGUAGACGUGAUGGGAGUUGAGCGGUACAAUCCUCAAGAAGAUACCUGGAUUACCAUGUCACCCAUGCUGACUGGUCUUAGCAUGGCAGGCUGUACAACAACGGAAGACAAGAAGAUCUAUGUUGUUGGUGGCUACAAUGGCCUUGGUCGGCAGCGUGAGAAGGACAUCCAUUGCUACAACGUAGACGCAGAUGAAUGGGACGUGGUUGCAGAGCUUCCGGACUCAAGUUUAAGAAUGUCUUGUUGCACAUUGACUCUUCCAAACAGCGUCUUCAACGGAUCAUCUCCUACUGCUGACUCCUUGUCGACUUCAGACUCUCAUUUCACUUCCGUUUCACAGCUGAACGAGAAUUACUCGGGGAUGAGUAACAGCGGAAGUACUGUCUUAAUGAACAGGUAACACAAUAUCAUGUUUAAAAAGUUACAACAGUUUGUAGUAUACUAGCCAGUUUAACAUUCCAUUGGAGUUUUAGUAAUCUUUCAGGUAUGCUUUUAAUCUUAAUACAGGUACUUAAACAUAUGAGAUCAAUGCCAAUAUUAUCUAUUGAAAUCAUGAGGUUGCUAUUUUGCCCAAAUCAAUUUUCAGUGAACUCAUCACUUGUUGGCAAUGAACAUUUGACGUUGAAAAAAGUACAACUUUUUAAUAUAGCAGGAUUGAAGUACUGUGCCUGUACUCAUUUCUUUGCCAAACAUUUUCAAAAGUAAAUUUAUAAAUCCACAAAUGUAAACUUGUGGGAUUAUCUUUCUGGUGGUGUGAAAACAUAAAAUUCAGUUUUUACUGAAAGGUUUAGAUUUAUCUUUGCUUGAAAUGCUUACAUUUUUUUUCAUUGUAUAUUUUAUGAAAAAAAUCAGGUUUUGGUAAUGACAAACGUCAAAUGAUUGCGUACAUGUUCAAUGUGUACACAUUUUUUGGCAAUACAUGUAUAUCAAAUGGUUUACUGUUUUGAGGGAGCUUUAUACAAUAAAGCUUGAGAAACCUGAUGAGAUAAAAAUUAAUACAGUAUUAGCAAGAAAUAGGUACAUGUAGUGAGACGAUUCCCUGGUGUGAGUCCUUUUCAUUGCUGUUUAUUGAAUUGAGUGUUUUGGGUUUUUCUUUUGUUCUAUAUUUCAAAAUCACUAUUCCAAUUCAUUACCAGAUUACAUGUAUAUGAAUGUGUAUGCCCUAAAUCAGCGCUUCUCAACCCUUUUUUACUCGAGGACCACUUUGACUCUCAGAUUUUUUAUGGAGGCCCACCUACGAAAAUUUUAAGAAAAUGUCGAUUUUUAGGCAAAAAUGUUUUGUGAAAUUUGAACACAAAGCUCUGAAGCACAUUCAAAACAAACAGUUUGAGAACUAAUCUGCAUUUGCAAAUGUCCGGUAAAUGGGCGACAAUUAACUACAUGUAUACACAACAUUAAACUUUAUCAAAACCAUAUGCAUGAUAAGCGUGCUUUAGUUUUUUUUGACCCAUUUAGACUGAUCGGACAUACCAUGUUCGAACAGGUCUGUGAAAAGUCUAUACAUGUAUUUUAAUUUUCUCAUAUUUUUCUCCCUCUGGAGCUUCUCGUGGCCCACCUGAGAGAGCUUCGCAGCCCACUGGUGGCCGGGCGUGGCCCACCGUUUGAGAAGCGCUGCCCUAAAUCAUAUGAUGUAGUAGUAGAGGAUAUGUAAUGAAAAUGUAUUUUCAUUGGGUGUACAGUAUGAUCAAAGUUAAAAUUAAUUGCACAGUUUUUUUUUUCAUUUGAAAUAGAAUUCAUUCCAAAUAAAUGACUGGGCUGAAAAUGUCAUGAUGGACAAUAAUCUUUGUCCAUCAGGUCAAGUCCCUCAAUUUGUAAGAUAAAUGUUCAUUGAGCCCUUUUGAAAGAAAAUAAAAUAAGGUUGAGAGAGGGCACUCCUUGUAGAUUUGUUUGAUUUGUUUAUUUCAAUGUUCAUAGAGAAUUGCAGUAGAAAAAAAAUAUAACAGUCACUACACAAGUGUUAAGAUUGGGAUGUUGUUAUAUGAAAGCCAAAGUCAGUUUAAGUCCAUACAUUUUGCUGGAAAUUUUUUUGCCAUUUACUCACUUUUAUAACAAAGUUAUCGAGAAAAACAGUAUAUUCAGCUUUCACAUGUGUUAAGUACUACAUGUAAGUAGCAUCAGCAUAUUUAUAUUUGGUCCUACGUGUAGGCCUAUGCAGUGUGCAAAUUGUGGUAAUGAGGUUGACCAAAACUUAAUACAAUAUACACAUUUACAUUGUACUUUGUUAAGUCAGGUAGAUAAAUACCAGAGAUUUCAUAUAGAUACAUAUUCCUAUUAAAAAAAAACCCCCAAAAACACACCGAGUAGCAAGGUUAAAAUUUUUAAAUGUUGUAAACUAAGGCAAUACUUUAUCUUCUCAUCCUGUGCCAUAAGUGUUGCAAAGCAUCAUUAAAUUUGCUCUGAAAAGGCAAAUCUUUGAUGCUUGCGCUGUUUGAAGUUUAAUUGUUGUUAGAGAUACAGUCCACUUGAUAUCUUUACAAUGUGGUCUUCUUAGCCUACUCAUGUAUGCGACAAUAUUGUAAAACAAGUAAUUUAUCUGAAGAGCAAUGGUGAUAAAUUGUACCCCCUAGUUGGGGGGGGGGGGGGGGAUGGGUUCUCCUGGCUCAGAUAUACAUGUGUAGAACCUUGGAGAUCACACCAAUUAAGUAUACCCGGAGGACCAAUCAAUAUGCUUCAUUGCCUUUCAGAUAAAUCAGCUGAUUUUGACAAUGGUUUUAAAGUGAACGAUACAUACAUGUACAGUACAUACCCGGUGCUUUCCCCUUCUUUAUCACAUGCUACAUGUACAUGUACACUGUGUACAGUCCUGUAUUAUCCUAUUUAUACAAUUUAGUGGGUUUUUAUCAACGUUAUGGCAGUGUGACAUGAUUUGAGAAAUAGACAGUAUUCAUGUAAUUACCCCACCCCCUCCCUUUACAAUGUAUACCCAAAUCAUGGCAAAUUUGAAUGAUUCAGAACAAAAUGCAGGAACAACAAAGAAAGUUCAUUUUACGUAAUAAAAAUGUACCUAAAAGCAAUAGCAAGUGAAGCUAAAUGUACAUCCCUACCCCCCAAAAAAAAAAUUGUUGUAAUUCAGCUUUUAGACAAAACUGGAUUAGAAUCAAGUAUUAAUCAUGUUCUUUCUAGAGCGAAUUUUAAUAAUGAAUUUGCAAUACUUACAUGUACAUUUAUUAUGCAUGGAGCUCAGAAACUCGACAGAAGAAAUAAUUUGCAUGACAGUACAUGUAUAUACAGUUCUGCUGGACAUGUACAUUGUAAUGUAUACAUGUACAUGUAAAUUAUAUUACACCUUGACUUUUUGCAUGAUUUAUAUUUCACCUUGAAUUUUGUGAAAUGCAUCAUAUCAACCUUGUCUUUCCUGUUUUGUAUGCAUGCAUUUUAUUUGCAAUAAUAGUUUUUACGCGAUAAAAUGUAUUGUACAUACAUGUAUUAAAUGUAUAAUGUAGUUUGUAUGUAAAAUAAGAACACAUUCUCAUCUACUUAAAAUAAUUUUCAAAACCAGUUUUAAAGUUUUAAUAGUGGAAACUAUAGUACUUUAACAUGUAAUGGGGCUGCUCAAAGUGGUCUUGGAAGCAAUCUUAAGUGGUCUUCCAAACCAGUUUGGAAAGCCAAGUCAUGUGGUUUUCAAGACCGCUUGCCUUUUUUUACUGGUUAAAGUGUACUGUGCUGUGGUGUGCUGUGGACACAGCUGAUCUUUACAUGGAAGUACGAGAGUGUGCACGUUGAGUGCGCUACUGUCUGUAGAAUGCCUAUGCUGCAGUUUCAAAUUUGGCACAAUAUAUGUGACGCCACUGAGAGCAUCCCCAUAGCAACAUGAAAUGGUUCUGGAUAUCAGUGCAAAAGAUGGUGAUAUGGACAAAAGCGAAGUGAUUUUCUAAACUGGUUUCCUUAAAACUGCUUUAAGGGACACCAUUUUAAGAUUGUAGAUGAGAAUAUCUCUCUGCUUCUGUACAUGCAGCCUACAAUACAUGUACAUGAGUACUCUUUCUACUCUUUUUGGACAAGACAUUAUAAAUCCUUAUUUGGUUGGCUUAAUUUGUAUACUAAAAAUUGGCAACAUAUAACUUUGUAUUUUCCUCUUAUUGCUGCAUGUACAUGUAAGUUUUUCCUUUAAAAGUUCACUCUGUACAGGGCCCGGUGACAUAAAUCUUUAAAGGGGAAUCCAACCCAAAUAAAAACUUGUUUUUAUAAGGAAAAGAAAAAUCAGACAAGUUGAUAGGUGAAAGUUUGAACAAUAUUGGACAAACAACAAGAAAGUUAUGAAUUUUUAUAAGUUGUAAAUAUUGGUUAUCACUAUACCCAUGGAGACUUCAAAUUGGCCGCAUAUGGGAUGUCAUAGUGAUGUAAGGAAAGGACUACUCUUCCAUAUACUCCAAUACAUAUUAUGGUUAAAAUGUCAUUUUUCCCAUAAGUUUUAUUUCAAAUUAUAUUUUUCAUUCAUGAGGACAUAAAACAAUAUACUACCUGGGUUAUAUUUAGAUUACUGCCCCAGGGAAAUGGGUACUUGGGAGAAAACCACAAAUCCCUGAUAAUAAAGUACAUGGCCUAUGGGAAAGUUGUCCUUGCCCUUUGUCAUAAUUUACUUUCCCAGUUGCCAAUUUGAAAUUUACGUAGUAUUAGUGAUCUCAAUUUUAAAGCAGCUAUAACUUUCUUAUUGCUUGUCCAAUUUCUUUCAAACUUUCACCAUUCUGUUUAAUUUAUUUUUUCUCCUUCCCAACACAACAUUUUAUGGCCAAGGCUGGAUUCCCCUUUAAUAGUAAUUGAUCGUACUGGACAUGUACAGUAGGGCUGAUAUUUGCAAUUGAUUGUAAUAAUAUAAUCAAUACGAUCAAUUAUAGAAAUCAGUCUUGCAAUUAAUCACUAUUAAGUGUCUCAGGGCCUGAUGUAUAGAGAUUGAUAAAGAGUGUAAGAAGAAAUUUGCCAAUUUGUGUGUAAGUUGUUUUUUCGUCUGUUUUUUAUCUUGAUGCUAAUCGGGAUUUCAGUGAUCUUCUUGUUUAUUUUCAUCAAUGAGAGAAAAAUAAUGAUGCAAUACACAUGUAAAUGUAAUUGUACAUAUCUUGUAGACAUGUACAUGUAGAAUGUGUACAGGAAGAUUUUGAACUCUUCAGUUUGGAGGGCUACAUGUACAUGUAUUCAAAAGUUUGUUUAGCCAAUAAAAAAGUGAGGUUAUUUUGUCUUUAG